CGGCGUGUGUUGGGCUCAAAUUCAAAUUUUUUUGGUCAAUCAGACGUCUUUUUGUCCAAAUUCUCCAAUUUUUUAAAAGGAACUCUCCUUUUCUGAUUUCAAUUCAAUUUCGAUUCGAUUCAAUUCUAUUCAAAACAUCAAUUGAAUAUGACUUACACUACUCGUCAAGUUGGUGCUGCUCACACCUUAGAAUACAAGGCUUAUAUUGAAAAAGAUGGUAAACCAGUUUCACCAUUUCAUGAUAUUCCAUUAUAUGCUAAUGAAGAAAAAACUAUUUUAAAUAUGAUUGUUGAAGUUCCAAGAUGGACUAAUGCUAAAUUAGAAAUUUCCAAAGAUCUUAAAUUAAAUCCAAUUAUUCAAGAUACUAAAAAGGGUAAUUUAAGAUUUGUUCGUAAUUCAUUUCCUCAUCAUGGUUAUAUUCAUAAUUAUGGUGCUUUCCCUCAAACUUGGGAAGAUCCAAAUCAUGUUCAUCCAGAAACCAAAGCUAAGGGUGAUAAUGAUCCAUUAGAUGUUUGUGAAAUUGGUGAAAGAGUUGCCACUGUUGGUGAAGUUAAACAAGUUAAAGUUUUAGGAGUUAUGGCUUUAUUAGAUGAAGGAGAAACUGAUUGGAAAAUCAUUGCUAUUGAUGUUAAAGAUCCAUUUGCAGCUAAAUUAAAUGAUAUUGAAGAUGUUGAAACUCAUUUACCAGGAUUAUUAAGAGCCACCAAUGAAUGGUUUAGAAUUUAUAAGAUUCCAGAUGGUAAACCAGAAAAUCAAUUUGCUUUUAGUGGUGAAUGUAAAAAUAAGAAAUAUGCUGAAGAAGUUAUUAAUGAAUGUUCUGAAGCUUGGAAAGAAUUAAUUGCUGGUAAAUCAGUUGAUUCCAAGGGUAUUGAUUUAACCAAUACUACUUUAACUUCAAGUCCAUAUUAUUCUGAUGUUGCUAUUAGUGAAAUUCCAGCUGCUAAUCCAUUACCAGCUGCUCCAAUUGAUAAAUCCAUUGAUAAAUGGUUUUUCAUUUCUGGUGGUGCUCAUUAAGCUAAUUAGUAUAUGUGUUGGUAGUUUUUUUAUUUUUUUGAAACAUAAAGUUGAUUUUGAUCUAAUUAGGGUUGAUGAUACUGUGGCUCAAAUUAUAUUUUAAUAGUUAAACAAGUACACAAAUGGUAAAUAUUUAUUUUGAUAUGUGAAUCGGGGUUAGGUUUUAUUACUAACAUCAUCAUUAUCAUUAUUAACUUGAACAAAGGAUACAACUUUCGUAAACUAUAUAACAACAGUAGUAAUAAACAUACGUAAGUUUACAAAAACAACAUAGGGAGAGGAGAGAAGAUGUAGAUUGAUAUUUAACUUAUGUUAACUAUGGAUGUAGACUCGGUGAUAAAAGGGGAGAAAUAAAAAAUAA